CAUCAAUCUUAGGUUAGUACGACAUAACAUAUCUGUUUCUACCCAACGAACGUUUUCCAUCCCACGAUCCAGGCAAACAUGUGUCGCGACGAAAUUUUGUAUGGAUUUCGAUAAAACCCACUUGUUAAACUUAAAAUCUUCCUGAAGGCAUACUCUCCACUAAACCCUAGCUAACUGUCGAGUGGAGUUGGGUUUUUAAGGUUUUAUUGAUAGCUUCGUUUCAAAUUGUCUUUCUGAAAUAUCCGAGCCCGUCAGUUACUCAGACACUCUUCUAGUCCCAGCAAUGCAUCUCUGAUGCCUGUAUAUUAAUAAUUUGUGUUUUCAACUAAAAUUCUUCCUAGUCUGUUCUUCAAUUUAUUGAGAAAGGGAUCCGCGGUAAGACUAUAAUAAGGGGAGUGUAUAUUCAAUAUAACAUAAAAGACUGGAUAUGUCGGAAAAUAAGCCCCAAAGCGAUUUAUUUGAAAGCCCUAGAUCGACCUGGGAAGGUUGCAGUGUCUUGCUUGACAUCAACGACGGCGAUCGUUUGGUUUUCGCUCGUCUCUCCGCAGGAGCGACAUUGAAGAUUGGGAAUAAGAAUUGUUCUCUGCAACCCUUGCUUGGCUGCCCCUUUGGUUCUUUCUUUCGCGUUGAAAACGGAGCGCAAGGGCCGUAUUUGUCUCGUUAUACUCCGUCCACAGAAGGUAAUAAUGUUCUAGAAAAAGGUGAUGGCCAGUCAAUAGAUGAGUUGAGAGAUAAUCGAGCAUUAGUUGAUAACAAUAAAGCGCAAAGCCUAACUGGUGAAGACAUAAACGAGAUGCGACGACUGGGUGCAACUGGUGAUGAAAUUGUUGAUGCUCUCAUUGCAAACAGUGCGACAUUUGAGAAAAAGACUGUGUUCUCACAGGAGAAAUAUAGGCUUAAGAAGCAAAAGAAAUAUGCUCCCAUUGUACUUCUGAGGCGCCCUUUCACUAGAAGUAUAUGUGAGGCGUACUUAAAGAAGUAUCCGACUAGAAUUGGAUUCUUGCGAAUGGAUACAUUAUCUCUUCUGCUUUCCAUGGCUAAUGUCUCUGCAAAUUCUGAUGUCCUCGUAGUGGAUAUGGUUGGAGGACUUCUUACUGGUGCUGUGGCAGAGCGUUUAGGAGGGGCGGGCUAUGUCUGCAACACAUACAUUGGUGGCUCGCCUUAUCCUAUUGAUAUAGCGAGGAUAUUCAACUUCGGAGAUGAAAUUUGCAAGAGGAUUGUGAGGUCUCCUCUCACUGAUCUCUUCUCUGUGCAAAAUGGUCUGCAAAAACCAGUAAGUCAAGAUUCGGACUCUUGUAACAUGGAAAGUCAGUCAAAUGACCGAAUUACUUCACCAGUCAGAGUGGAAGAAGUCUCUCGUGUAUCUGAAAAUGUGAUCUCGGAUGUUAUUCCUCAGUCUACCAGUUCUCCAGUAAUCAAAAUGUCCAAACCUGCAAAACUGGGAGAAAAAGCACCACAGGAAAUCAUCAGCUCGUGGAAAGCGCAUGGUUUCUCUUGUUUAAUAAUAGCAGCACCAGAGCUGGAUACUUGGAACUUAGUUAAGGAGAUCUUUCCACUUUUGUCAAAUUCAGCUCCUUUUGCUAUUUAUCAUCAGUAUCUUCAGCCUCUUGCAACAUGCAUGCACAAUUUACAACUGGGAAAAAUGGCAAUUGGCAUGCAAAUUUCAGAACCUUGGCUACGCGAAUAUCAGGUACUUCCCUCAAGAACCCAUCCAUGCAUGCAGAUGAAUGCAUUCGGUGGUUACAUUCUCAGCGGGACCAAGAUAAGUCCCAACUGAUUCUACCUCUAAAAGAACUAAAUCACAAGGCGUGAAUUGCUGUUAUAUGGAUGUUCGUGAGCAAAACUCACAGCGUCCAAAAUGUACACUAGCUAUUCAUUUUUUACUUAUCUGUAAACCUGCAAAUACGGCGCUCUUUUUUUCUCUUGCAGGGUUUGCAAUCUGUGGGUUGUGGCCCUUGUGUAUUUUUACGGCUAUUUUUUGGGCCUAAUGAGAAUAAUGAUGGUGCUCUAUUUUUCUUGCGAAUUUAGAUUUUAAAUUUUCUACCA